GUCUAUCAAAAUAAAGCACGCAAAUUAUUCUACCAAUUUUGGUAAUAAUUUAUCGGAGUGGCAACCCUGCGUGCAAUUAAAAUAUCCUUCCGAACACUUUCUUCCCUCUAUUCUGAUUUUUACACCCUGUAUUUUUUUGUUUAUAAAUUUGGCGGCAAAACAUGAACAAAUCAGCUGCGUAUCAUAGCGAAAAGUAAAUAAUUUAAACAGCAAUGGAGCCUUGUGUUAUUGAAUUUAUUGGGGAGAAGUCCACCAUUGGCAUUGUACCAAACUUUUUAUUCGAUCCUUUGCAUUUGAUAUUGGGCAGUGUUGGACCAUUCCGCGCCGGUCUCCCAGUCCAUGUGCCGCUUUGGCUUGGUAUACAUCUACGUAAACAACAGAAGUGCCGCAUUGUGCCACCCGAAUGGAUGGACAUGGAGCUGUUGGAAGAAAUCAAGGAGGCAGAGAAAAAAUCAAAGUUCUUCACAAAAAUGCCCAGCGAACAUUACAUGGUCGAAACGCAGCUGAUCAUGAGUACUGCACCUGACGAUGUGCCGCAAUGUGAAGAGCUACGAACGAUUAUCAAAGAUAUAUUUGAUAUACGUGAAUCUAAAUUGCGCACUUCAAUUGACGCAUUCAUCAAGGGUGAAGGCACAUAUGCAAAGUUGGAUAAUUUGACACUUUUGGAAAUUCACACUGUAAGGCCAAUUCUCCCGCAUUCUUUGGAUCAUAUUGCUCGUUAUCAGCGGACGGCGAUGGCUACGCAAAGGGAUACUUCUUCAUUAGGUUUGAGUAAUUCAAUGAAUACGAGUCAUUUCUCACAAUAAAUAAAGAAAAAAUAUA